CUUGAUUUUAUUGCCAGCCAGACUUAAAAAACAAAACAAAACAAAACAACAACCAACAAAGAAAAAAAAAAAACACUCACAAAACGACAAAAUAAACUCAAUCCAACCCAAAACCCAGAAAGUGGAAUCAGAUUCUCCAGCCAGCGCUUUUCCUAGGUCAGAGGCUGCUCGAGCUACGACUACUUGACUUUAUAACAUGCAAGACACUGAUGCCAGGGGGAAUUCCCCUGCUUUCCUCCGGCCUCAGAAUGGGAGCAGUCACAGGUCUUCAGGAUACCUUCCGGGGAGAAUUGCCCCCCUCCGACCCCCGCCACCUUCACAGAGCCAUGCUGCAGCCGAAUUUACCUCUGCAAGACAAGAAGCACAGACAAGACUCCCAUCCUCAUCAGUGGAUCAGCACCACCACCCGGCAGAGAUCAACAGGCAUAAAAAUACUCUCAUUUGCUUUGCCGUUUCUAGUCUGUCACUUUUUGUUGCACUGGGGAUUUUUUUGGGAAUAGCAUCAAAAUAUGCUCCAGAUGAGAACUGCCCAGAUCAGAAUCCUCGUCUUAAAAACUGGAGCCCAGGAAAUGAUCCUGAAAAGAGAAUUUUUAUCAAAAAAGGGGAUUUGUUUCGUCUGAACUCAGAUGCUACAGUACACUCUAUAGUUAUACAGGACGGAGGGUUACUUGUUUUUGGUGAUGAUAAAGAAGGUUCUAAAAAUAUUACUUUGAGAACUCGAUUUAUCCUGAUAAAGGAUGGUGGAAUGCUUCAUGUUGGAGCAGAGAAAUGCCACUAUAAAUCCAAAGCAACUAUUAUUUUGUAUGGGAAGUCAAAUGAAGAUGCUGAUGUGCCAGAAUUUGGCAAAAAAUUUAUUGGUGUGGGUCCUGAAGGAACACUGGAGUUGCACGGGCACCAGAAGUUAUCAUGGACUCUUCUGUCAAAGACAAUAUAUUUCUCAGGGCUGGCCUAUGGUCAUUAUACAUUUAAAAAGAAUUUCUCCAGAGGACUGAAUGUGAGAGUGAUCAAUCAGGACACAGCGGAGAUUUUGGAAGUGCUGAAGUUUGAUACUCAUGAAUAUUCAGAAGAAAGCUUGAAGCUCCAGAACUUCCUUAAAAGUGGAAGUCCUGGUCGCAUUGUUGCUAUUGCUGUAGGAGAUUCAGCUGCUAAAAAUCUACUAGAGGAAACCAGAGUGACUAUUCAAAAUCUUCUGGGAAGUAAGUUUGUGAGAGGAUUGAGUUACAGGCAAGCCUGGGCUUUUGUUGGUGUCAUAGGUGGUGGAAAUUCUUCUUGUAAUGAAUCAGUGAGAAAUUAUGAAAAUCACAGCACUGGGGGGAAAGCUCUUGCUCAGAAAGAGUUUUUCACAGUGGAUGGUCAGAAGUUUGUUGUGAAAGCUUAUAGCGAAUGGAAUGAUGGUGUGCCCAUUUCAGGCUUCCAGGUAGAAGCUGUAGGUGGAGUGAUACUGAAUCUUCUGGAUGAUGUUAGUAGUUGGGAGGCUGGAGACCGGAUUGUAGUUGCAAGUACAGAUUACUCAAUGUAUCAGACAGAGGAAUUCACCCUCCUUCCUUGUCCAGAGUGUACCAAGCAUCAGGUCAAAGUCAAAGAAAAUCCUCAGUUCCCUCAUGUAGGAGAAAUUAUUGACGGAGUGGACAUGAGAGCAGAAGUUGGAGUUCUUACGAGGAACAUCUUAAUCAAGGGGGAGACAGAAAAUACCUGCUAUCGUGAAAAGGAGUGUCAGUUCUUCAAUUACGAUACAUUUGGUGGUCAUAUCAAGAUUUUGAAGAAUUUUACAUCUGUUCAUCUCUCCUAUGUGGAAUUGAAGCAAAUGGGCCAGCAGCAGAUUGGAAGUUACCCUGUUCAUUUUCACCUUUGUGGGGAUGUGGAUGAAAAAGGAGGUUAUAAUUUUAAGACUUAUCUGGAAGGUCUUUCCAUUCAUCAUUGUUUUUCCAGAUGUGUGACUAUUCAUGGAACCAAUGGCUUGCUGAUAAAGGACACCAUUGGCUAUGACACACUAGGUCACUGUUUCUUCACAGAAGAUGGCAUUGAGCAGAGGAAUACUUUUUUCAACAACCUUGGGCUAGUCACAAAACCAGGCACUCUUCUUCCUACAGACAGAAACAGCAGCAUGUGUACUGGUAUUAGGGAUAAAGUGUAUGGAAAUUAUGUCCCGGUGCCAGCCACAGACUGCAUGGCAGUUUCAACAUUCUGGAUUUCUCAUCCCAACAAUCAUCUUAUAAAUAAUGCAGCAGCAGGUUCACAGGAUGCUGGAAUAUGGUAUUUGUUCCACAGGGUGGCCACAGGAGAUUCUCAUAGUUUAGGCAUUGAAACCAAGUCAGAGCUCACACCCCUGGGAAUCUUCUAUAACAACAGGGUCCAUUCUAAUUUUAAGGCUGGUUUGUUUAUUGAUAAGGGUGUUAAAACAACUAAUGCUAGCAUUGAUGAUCCCAGAGAAUACCUUUGUUUGGACAACAAUGCAAGGUUCCGGCCUCAUCAAGAUGCAGACCCUGAAAAGCCCCGAGUUGCUGCUGUUAUUGACAGAUUAAUCUCUUUCAAAAACAAUGAUCAUGGGGCCUGGGUCAGGGGAGGAGACAUCCUCAUUCAAAACUCUGGGUUUGCAGACAAUGGAAUAGGUUUGACAUUUGCUAGCGAUGGGAGCUUCCCAAAUGAUGAAGGUGCCAGCCAGAAGGUAUCUGAGUCAUUGUUCAUAGGUGAGAGCAAGAAUUAUGGGUUUCCAGGUGGCCAGAAUAAAUACGCGGGAGCUGGAGGAAUAGACAGCAAGGCACGCACUCUGCCUAGAAAUCGGACAUUUCCUAUCAGAGGCUUUCAAAUUUAUGAUGGACCUAUCCAUCUCACCAAGUGCACAUUCAAAAACUUUGUGCCGACUCCAGACAGAUUUACCAGUGCAGUUGGAUUCUUGAUGAAAAAUCAAUGGCAGAUGACACCGAAAAACAAUAUUUCUCUUGUGAAGUUUGAUCCAAAUGUUUCUUUGAAAGCCUUCUUUGGAAAACCUGGACCCUGGUUUGAAGAAGGAGAUCUGGAUGGUGACAAGAACUCAAUAUUUCAUGACCUAGAUGGUUCAGUGACUGACUACAAGGAUACUUAUGUUGGCAGAAUGGAUAACUACUUAAUUCAACAGCCCAAAUGCAUUAAUAUUACAGAAUGGAAUGGAGUGGUGUGCAGUGGGAUGUAUGCACAGGUUUAUGUCCAAACAUGGAAUGGACAGAAUCUUUCCAUGACUAUCACACGAGAUGAAUACCCAGCCAGUCCCAUGGUUCUCCGGGGUAUUAACCAGAGAGCUGUCUUUCAACAAUACCAACCAGUAGUGAUGCUUCAAAAGGGCUACACAAUACAUUGGAAUGGAAAAGCUCCGAACGUCACCUAUCUCUAUCUCAUUAACUUCAACAAAAAUGACUGGAUUCGUGUUGGUCUUUGUUAUCAACCAAACACAGAUUUCGUUAUAGUAAUGGAAACUUUUCAAAGGCGGUCAUCUGCUCUGUCAAACAAGGUGGAGCGCUACCUGCCUGUAGCUUCAAUGGCAGAGCUUGAAAAGAAUCGAUCGCUCAAGAAGUUUUACUUUGACAACAGUACUGGAUUACUGUUUUUGUUUCUUCAAGCCAAAUAUAGUAGGGAUGGUCACAGUUAUUGCUCAUCUCAGGGAUGUGAAAGGAUCAAGAUUGUGACCAAAGAUUCAACAAAAGGGAUCAGUAACUGCAUGGCAAAAGCUUACCCAAAGUAUUACAAAGCACCAACCAUCAUAAAGCAGAUGCCAGUAAAAGCUACUUUACCAUGUACAAAAUGUGGCACAACUCAGAUGGUAUUCACCAGUGAUCCUCAUAAAAGCUACCUCCUUGUGCAGAUUAAUUCAUAUGGUAACAAAGAACUAAGCGGAGGUCAGCAAGCAUUUAUUUCUGUCAAUGACACUAAGUUUUCCUUCAAGGAUAAUGGUAUACUUCUUGUUGUAGUUGAUGCCUGUAUUGGCACAGUGUCAGGAAACAAAUUAUUUUCUGGAGGAGACAGUAAGCAUGUAGAGGAAUAUUUAAAAUCUGGUAUUCCACAAAGGUCUAUUGUUCUACUGAGCACAAGAGGUGAUGUAGUAUUUCCUAAUAACUUAUCAGAAGCCUUAAUGUCUCUGGGGACAGCCAAACCGCCUUAUCUUCAGAGCAACGGAAGCAUGGCCUUUCUGGGAUUCAGAGGAAAUUUUAAGCCAUCCUGGAUUAAGUUGUUUACUGGUCCUGCUGAGCACGGGCUCAUUCAGAUAGAAAGAUAUAUUCCUUUACAACUGGAAGAAUAUGGCUGUGCCAGAGUGAUCAAAAACCAACGGAAAGACCUCGAGCUUCUGAAGAAGGCUAUGCGAUCUCACUAAAGACUAAGAUGUACAUAAAAGCUGGGGAAAAAACUGUGAACUAACUUAUUUUUUAAUUUAUGGCCUUUUAAACUCUAUUGUUAUCCAAGUAAAUCAUGUUACUGUCUGACAGAUGUUUGCCAGCAUUGACCGCUUGAAUGCCAAUUUGUGCACCUUCUAGUUGUACAAAAUAUUAAAGAAUUUAUUAGUAUUUGUAUAAACAGGUUUCAGAGAUUUUUCAGAUGUUUGUAUUUACUGUAAACAAGUUCCUUCUGUUUAAUACUCCUUUUGUAUGUGAAAGGAUUUCAUAAAAGCCGUAAGUUUUUUUUAUACAGGUUUUGGAGUGCAUCUUGGAUUACUUGAAAGAUUAGCAUUAAAGUCUCCAUAAACAACUUGAAUCAGUGAUUUUAACUCUGGAAAUUUUCCUCAUCUGUUUAGGUGCUUUCCUGAGGGUUUACAUAGCAGUCAGCAGAAUUACAUUCUCAGUCUGCUUUCCAGGGUGUGAGAAACAAUUUCUUCAGUGCAGGUAGUUCAAUCAAAGGGCUUUAACUGCGGUAAAAUUGUUGUUUUGCUGUAUGAAACAUGGAGAGAAGUUCAAAGAUUGAGCCCAGGACUGGGUGAGGAUUGUGUACUGUGCAACACAACUGUUUGCACCAUCAUGGCAUAUACAGCAGAAAAUUACUGCCAUUCUUUGGGAUUGCUGUUUACUCUCCACCCCUAAAUAUACAAAUACCUAUGAGAGCUACUUCAGUAAACAGUCUGGGUGUUAAGGCAGCAAUUUUGGGUACAUCUUGAUUUCAAACUGUUAAAGCUUUUAUCCAGAAUGGUAAACCUGAGAUACUGUUACUCUCAAUUUGUUAUGAAAUUAUGUAUCUGCUCUUGCAAUUGGGUUCUUUUUUUGGUUUGUGUUUUUUUGUUGUUCUUGGGAUGUUUUAGAGUGUUGGUUUGUUGGUUGUGGGUGCUGCUUUUUUAUUUUUUUUUGUGGUGGUGGGGUGUUGUCUGUUUUAGGGGUGAUGGUGGUGUUGCUAAAGCUAUCCCAGCCUUCAGUGAGCGAAAAAUGCUCUCAGUUCAUUCAGGCAUGUUAUCUUUUGCCUUCUAGUAUACUCAUGUUGCUAAUUCCUGUUGAUUAUUAUAUUAGGUCAGUUUUAGUUCUCUUGGUUUUGCAAUUACUUGACUCUUUAUGCAGAUAGUGUGGAAACAGUUUUAAAGAACUGAGGCACAGCUGCUGUUUUCAGGAUCCUAGUCUCUGAAAUUAGAUUUCAGAGACUAUAAAGAUGCAUUUCAUAGUAGGGAACAAUAGGUGCCGUAGAGCUAAAAUGUUACCAGAGUUCUAAUAAAACUGACAAUAGUUGUUUUUUCUUCUAUAUGUUCACAUUCAUUCUAGCUGGUAUAAUAUACCUACCAUUCAGAGAUGCUUUGUGAUUUGAAUUCAAACUGGAAUGACUGUUGGAAAUUAACUAUAUGCCUGCCUUUUCCAAAGAUGUUGAAAAACUGGGGAUUUUUCUUUUGUGCUUUAAAGAAGAUUAGAUGCAGUAGCACACCUGUUAUUCUGCUCAGUUAGAAUAUGCUACCUCAGCACUACAACUGAACUGCCUGGUCUAGUGUAGUUUCCUAGGUAAGAGAGGAGAGCACACGAGUGAUGAAGUUCACAGGUGACUGAUGUUACUUUUGUUGUAAGAACAAGCCAAAUGAAUGAUUGUGUGUUUUGCAAGUGUUUUGAUGCACAGUUCUUGUAAAAUACUAAAACAAACAAAAAAAAAAAAAAAAAAAAGUUUUGUUAGGGGGAGGUGGUGGUAAAUCUUUCCAGACUAGCUAUAAUAUUUGGUGUUACUAGUGCAGAACAAUGUGAUUUGAAUGCUCUAAGUUUAGUAGUCAUAAUGUUUGGGGAUUAAAAUGGUUUUAAAACUUCUACUGCUCUGUGGGUCGUACUCAGUAGAGAAAUACCAAGGAGGCAAGGACCUUCAUGCUUGUGAAGCUGGCCAUUAUUUAUGAGUUUCUGCUGUUUUAAGCCAUCUUGUAAAAAAAUGUACUUAGAAGUGCAAGGUGUAUUCUGAUGUAGGACUUACUGAUGGAUGAUUGGACCUGAAGCUGAAGUGUUGCCUUUUGUGUCAAUUUAAACACUUGAUAAAUAGCAUAAAUAAAUUUUUACAUCUGACAAGGCAAUCAAA